CCGCACUAACACAACAAAGAACGAGGAUAACACGAGGAAGAGUAUUCAAAACGGGUUGAGUGCACAGUCAUACAGCCACAAGUUGACAAACUGCGCCCACAGAAACAAAAAAGGUCAUUUGUGCAAGCUACAGCCCCAUUUAAACUUGCCAGAAACAACGUCCACCCUGGGCGACUACUCUCACACUCAAUUUUUGGUCUCCUCUCAGAACAGGAUCUGGGGCCAGACACACCCCUUGUGCAUCCUCCAGGGCCAUUCCCCAAUUGCAAGUCAGGAGUGCCUGGACUCAGACGACGAAGCGAAGGGAGGCGGAACAUUGUACGGGCCAUUUACACCACCAGCGGUAACCGAUCGUCGUACUACCGCGAACUAGCAUCACACCGCAUAAACGAAUAGCAACGGCGAUGGAAACGUUGAAACCGUUUAGAGGAGAUGAGGAGGAAACUCAGGACCCGCAGGCAUUCUUGCGCGCGUUUAACCGUGCCAUGCGAGCAAUGGCUAUCUCGACAGAAGCAGAUAAGAUCGCAGCACUACAGGAUUACAUCGCACCAGCGCUCCGAGGCUCAGAGGUGCGGACGACAUGGGCGGAAUUGGAGAAAUCGUUCAAUAGCAAGUGGGAGUCACUGCCGAUGGCAGAAAAGACAGAGGAGACGUAUCAGGACGAACUUUUGACGCUGAAGCUAGAGGAUGAUGACGUCGGAAAAACUAAAGACAUCAACGGCACAAAGGUCUGGACGCACGUAGCAUGGGCAAAGGAAACCAUGAGGUUGGCAAAGGCAGCAAAAGUGGAGAAAGAUGUGGGGUUAGUCCGUAUCGCCCACAAGAAACUGCCGAAGGUUAUCCGCAACCUCACAAAGAUCAGGUACAAGGACUUCGAGGAACUAACAAGGGAAGUUAAAGGGCUAGAUAUGGACAAGAUCCGGAGAGAAAAAGAGGAUGUAGACCAAGUCAAGUCCAUGAAAUGGUCUCCUUAUAUCCUGGGGCUUGCCAAACUGUAGGAAGGCAGCCUUUGCAGAUUCAUGUUACGUCCUUGUUUUGGGGAGUAGAACAUACGAUUUCGUCAGGUUAUGCAAUAGUAUUUGUUACUUACAAGUGCAAAGAUGUCGAGUCCAUUAUACAACUACUGACUAAGAGCGUUUCGCCG